AUGAUUGCCUCUUCCCUCCUCCCGUCCCGAUUUCGGGGCGAGCAGCCUGCCUCCCAGGCAAAACCUCCCUCUUGGCUCAACACCAAGAUCACGCCCUUCCUACGUUCUGUCUCCGCGAUCACGGCAUCCCACCCGAUUCACACUAUCGUCGUAGUUGCGCUUCUGGCCAGCUCGUGCUAUCUCGGUCUGCUGGAGGAGAGCCUCUUCGAUGCGACAAGAACCGUUAGGACGGCCGACUGGCCCUCUUUGAUCGAGGGCAGCCGCAGUCUACACGCUGGGCCUGAUUCAGCAUGGAAAUGGCAAACCUGGGACUCAGAUGCCGUUGUUGGGACCGACGUUGACCAUUUGGCCCUCCUGACCUUCGUCUUUCCCGACUCGCUGUCCGACGAUGCCCCCAAGACGGCGCCGCUUCUAGAGACCAUUCCUCUACCGCAAAACAUCUCCAUCAUCUCGCUGCCAUCUACCUCCAACUCCCUUACCACCUAUUCUCAAGAGACCUCUGUGGCCCUUGCUGUGCCCUAUAAGCAGGCGCCCCAAUUCUUGGCCGCCGCGCAGGAGAUUCCCAACGAUAUCCCAAGCCAGGAGACACGCGAGACCGAACAUGGCAAGGAGAAGAAGAUGUGGAUCAUGAAGGCCGCCAAGGUCAGCCCACGGAACAGCGUCGUGGAGUGGGCUCAGAACGCCUGGUUUGACUUCAUUGAUCUUCUCAAGAAUGCCGAGGCGCUCGAUAUCACUAUCAUGUUUCUCGGGUACAUCUCCAUGCAUCUGACCUUCGUCUCCUUGUUCUUGUCCAUGCGUCGCAUGGGCUCCAACUUCUGGCUGGCUGCGACCACCCUCUUGUCCUCGGCUUUCGCCUUCAUGUUCAGCUUGGUGGUCGUCACUAAGCUUGGCGUUCCCGUCUCCAUGGUCUUGCUCUCCGAGGGUCUGCCAUUCUUGGUUAUCACGAUUGGAUUCGAGAAGAACAUUACUCUCACCCGUGCCGUCCUCAAUCACUCCAUCGAGCACAAGGCGGCACAAGAAAAGAACCGCAAGAGCAAGGACGCCACGUCAAACUACAUCCAGUCCGCGAUCCAGGUUGCUAUCAAGGAGAAGGGCUACGACAUUGUUAAGGACUAUGUCAUCGAAAUUGUCGUGCUCGUCCUCGGAGCUGCUUCCGGCGUCCAAGGAGGACUGCAACAGUUCUGCUUCCUCGCCGCAUGGAUCCUCUUCUUCGACUGCGUCCUGCUCUUCACCUUCUACACUGCGAUUCUCUGCAUUAAGCUCGAGAUCAACCGAAUUAGGCGCCACAUCGAGAUGCGACGGGCCCUCGAGGAUGAUGGUGUCAGCCACCGUGUAGCUGAGAAUGUUGCACAGAACAAUGACUGGCCCCAGGCCGACGGCAAGAAGACCGGCGCGUCUCUCUUUGGCAAGCAAAUCAAGAGCACCAGUGUCCCCAAGUUCAAGGUUCUCAUGGUCUCUGGAUUUGUGCUGAUCAACGCAAUCAAUCUUUGCACCGUUCCAUUCCGGGACACUGACUCCUUGUCGACCAUCUCGUCAUGGGCUGGUGGUCUCGGUGGCCUUGUCGCCAACCCCCCUGUCGAUCCUUUCAAGGUCGCCUCCAAUGGGUUGGACACUCUGCUGGCGCAGACGAACGCCAACAACCGGGGAGUCGUAGUUACAAUCUUGACUCCGAUCAAGUAUGAGCUGGAAUUCCCCUCGAUCCAUUAUGGCAAGGUCCCUCAAACGGCCACUGAUGAAGUGGACGACUUGGGCUACGGUCGAGUGGUUGGUAGUAUACUCAAGAGUCUGGAGGAUCCCGUUCUGUCCAAGUGGAUCGUCAUAGCAUUGGCCAUGAGUGUUGCUCUGAAUGGCUACCUCUUCAAUGCCGCCAGAUGGGGAAUUAAAGAUCCCAACGUUCCCGACCACCCGAUCAAUGUCAAGGAGCUUGCGCGAGCACAGAGAUUCAACGACUCCGACCCCACGACACCCGGCCCAUACGACAGAUCAGCUCGCCCAUCGCCUACGGAGGCUCAGCCGCCUACGCCCGCUGCUACCGACGACGAGAGCGAUGCGUCGGCCUUCAAACGCGUAGCUUCUACUGUCUCUAUCGUUAACGACGGUCCUCAACGUCCCUACGAGGAGCUUCAGAAGCUGCUUGCUGAGAAGCGUGUUCCCGAGAUGAACGACGAUGAGAUCAUCACUCUUGCACUCAAGGGCAAGGUCCCUGGCCACAGCCUGGAAAGAACUUUGAAAGACUGCACUCGCGCUGUCAAGAUCCGUCGCGCUAUUAUUUCUCGCACCAAGGCUACUUCAGAUUUUACCAACGUCUUGGAGCGAUCCAAGCUUCCUUACCAACACUACAACUGGGAUUUGGUCCUCGGUGCUUGCUGUGAAAACGUCAUCGGCUACAUGCCUCUGCCGGUUGGUGUUGCGGGGCCUCUGGUUGUUGAUGGACAGAGCUUCUUCAUUCCUAUGGCUACGACGGAAGGUGUUUUGGUCGCUAGUGCCAGUCGUGGCUGCAAGGCCAUCAAUGCUGGAGGUGGUGCCGUGACGGUGUUGACCGGCGACGGUAUGACCCGUGGACCUUGCGUGACCUUCGAGACUUUGGAACGCACUGGAGCUGCCAAGUUGUGGCUCGACUCCGAAGCCGGCCAGACCGUGAUGAAGAAUGCUUUCAACUCGACCAGCCGCUUUGCACGACUUCAAUCCAUGACAUCCACUAUUGCCGGAACAAACCUUUACAUUCGUUUCAAGAGCAGGACAGGCGACGCUAUGGGCAUGAACAUGAUCUCCAAGGGUGUCGAGCACGCGCUCGACGUCAUGGCGAACGAGCAUGACUUCCAGGACAUGCAAAUUGUUUCUCUGUCCGGCAACUACUGUAUUGACAAGAAGCCCGCCGCUAUCAACUGGAUCGAAGGAAGAGGCAAGAGCGUUGUUGCUGAGGCCAUCAUUCCCGGUGAUGUCGUCAAGUCGGUGCUUAAGACUGAUGUUGACACACUUGUCGAGCUUAACAUCAACAAGAACCUGAUCGGGUCCGCCAUGGCUGCCAGCGUCGGAGGUUUCAACGCCCACGCCGCAAACAUGGUGGCCGCGGUCUUCAUUGCCACUGGCCAGGAUCCAGCCCAGGUCGUGGAAAGUGCAAACUGUAUUACAAUCAUGAAGAAUCUCCGAGGCUCCCUCCAAAUCUCUGUCUCGAUGCCCUCCAUCGAAGUUGGCACGCUUGGUGGUGGUACCAUCUUAGAGCCACAGUCUGCCAUGCUGGAUAUGCUGGGCGUGCGCGGUGCCCAUCCGGUCACUCCAGGCGAGAAUGCCCGUCGCCUCGCGCGAAUCAUUGCUUCGAUCGUGCUGGCCGGCGAGCUGUCGCUUAAUGCCGCCUUGGCCGCCGGUCAUCUGGUGAGAGCGCAUAUGGCUCACAACCGAUCCGCACCUCCAACACGGGCCAGCACGCCCGCGCCGCCCUCUGGUCUGUCAAUGACCAACAUGAGCGCCGCUGCUGUGGAGAGGGCCAGACGUUAG